AUCGACGUGCUUCACGAUGGAGUAUAUCGUGCCUGUUCUCCCUGUUGUGCGGGCGACGGCGAAGUGGGCUCUGGCUAUUGGUGCCACGACUCUGGCCAUUACGGGAGCCUUGUUGUACACCUUCCAGAACUCCAUCAUCUACCCUGCGUCUAUGCCCGCUGGCUCUCGCACUAACGUUCCUAACCCUUCGGACUUUGACUUCCCCUCCUCCUGCUGGGAGGAGAUCGUCCUUGACACACCCGACAAGGAGAAGAUUAGGGCGUACGUGAUUUUGCAGGAAAAGGCACCGGAGAAGAGAAAUACUGUCUUGCUUUUCCACGCAAAUGCGGGGAACGUCGGACAUCGCUUACCCAUCGCGAAAGUGUUCUGGGGUCGCAUGGGAUGUAAUGUCGUUAUGCUGUCCUAUCGUGGCUAUGGCCUAAGCACAGGAACCCCCUCGGAGAAAGGAAUCAAGAUUGAUGCACAGGUAAUGCUGGACUACGUACUCCAGCACCCGGUGUUGAGUAAGACGCCGUUGAUUGCGUAUGGACAGAGUAUCGGUGGGGCGGUGGCGAUUCACACCGUUGCGACGUAUGAGAAGAAGUUCAGGGGUUUGGUUAUUGAGAACACUUUCAAGAGCAUUCCCAGUUUGAUUCCGAGCGUCAUGCCCAUCGCAGCCCCCUUCAGCCUCCUCUGCCACCAAAUCUGGGACUCGGAAAAGUGCAUCGCAAAGAUCGAAAACGUACCAAUGCUCUUCCUCGCCGGCGCCCGCGACGAACUCAUCCCGCCUGAGAACUUCCGAGGUCUGUACGACGCAGCAACUAAAUGCCCAAAGAGAACAUGGAAGGUGUUUGGAGGUGGCGGGAUACUUCCAGGCGAUUGUGGAUUGGCUGGAUUGCGAGCGGGAGAAGGAGGAGAUGUAAUAGUUCAAGUCAUCCUGGUGAUCGCGUGUUCCUGCAGACGCGGGUUGCAGUCGAGUGUGUAUUUUGGCGAACUUGCCACCAAGAGGCAAAAACACCAAGAGGCAAUCUUUGGUCAAGGAGUAGCAUUCAUUCCAGUGAUACCAUUGCAUCAACAGCAUUCAAUCAGUGCAAUGGACUCUUCUGUUGCCACUCAGUCACUACCCAAUGGUCCACCUCCAUCGCAGACACCAGCUCCCAGAAAUAAGAGACGAGGCCCACGUCGCAACAAGCCCGCCAAUGAGCAAAACGGCGAUGCGCAAGAGCAGCAACCAGCCGGUGGCGAGCAGCCUCAACAGCAGCGAAGACCGCCUCGGCAGCGCCAGCCGAAGGAGAAUGCUGGCGAGAAUGCGAUCGAGGAUGUGGAGGUAAAUGGAGAAGCAGCAUCUACGAAGCCGAAGAGGCCGAGAAAUAGGAACAGGAGGGCGAAGGGUGUGCAGGCGGCGGCUGCGGAGGGUGAGGCACCAGCGGAGGGAUCUGCGGCGCCUCCUGUUCAGCAACAAGCGCAACAACCACGACCGAGACAGCCUAUGCCAGGACGACGCCAACAUGUCUUUUCUGGUCAGCUGUCGGGCGAAGCAGGUGCACCAACCAAUGGUCCCAGGAGUCUUCAGCCCAUGGCACCGGCAUUUGUUCCCUCUCAGGUCGAGUUCGGGCAACGGGCGAGACCGCAUACGCAUAACCGCUCAGUACCGGCGAUGUCAAACGAAGCAAAGGUUGAAUUAACCGAGUCUACCGAUUUGAUGACACGUCUACACGAAGGUCUGAAGAGAGAAUGCCACGAAUGUAUGUUCUGCCUUGACAAUAUCAGGUUGAGUCAGCAAACCUGGUCAUGUACGGGCUCGUGCUGGGCUGUAUUCCAUCUCAAGUGUAUCACGAAAUGGGCGAAGAGUUCGUUGGAGAUGAAGGAGGGAACUACGGAGGCGAAGGAGAAUUGGAGGUGUCCGGGGUGUCAGCAAACGUACGGCCGCGCAGAAGUACCAAAACAGUACAAGUGUUGGUGUGGGAAGGUUGAGAACCCGGUUGUGGAUAGGUUUUUGACACCGCAUUCAUGUGGAGAGAUUUGUGGCCGGGGGAGGAGUGAUGGGUGUCCACACGCGUGUACGCUCCCAUGUCAUGCGGGUCCAUGUCCGCCGUGUACGGCUAUGGGACCCGUACAGACUUGUUUCUGUGGAAAACAUACGAAGCAGGUUAGGUGUGUUGAUACGGAUUAUGAGAAGGGGUAUGGCUGUGGUGAGAGGUGUGGGGAGUUGAUGGCGUGUGGGGAACAUGAGUGUGAGAGGGACUGUCAUGAGGGGCUGUGUGGAAGCUGUACGGCGGUUAGUGAGGAGAUGUGUUAUUGUGGGAAAGAAGUGAAGGGGGUUGCUUGUGGUGAGCGCUUGGAUGAUCGGACAAGUAGGAAGGAUGGGGAGGAGUGGUGUGGGAAGUGGGAGUGUCAAAAUGCGUGUGAGAGGGCUUUUGAUUGUGGGGUUCACAAGUGUCAGAAGGCGUGUCAUCCGUUGGAUGAGGAGGUGGCAAAGUGUCCGCAGUCUCCGGAAGUGGUUGAUUCGUGUCCAUGUGGCCAAACCAAGCUCGAGGACCUGGAGGAUGCCCCGAGGACCAGGUGCACAGACCCGAUCCCGACGUGUCGCAAGCAGUGCAAUGCGUUGCUCGAGUGUGGCCAUACCUGCGAAGCCCGCUGUCACCACGGUGAACACCCCGUCUGCAAGAAAUCCAUCGAGCUGCCUUGUCGCUGUGGCUCCUCCAUGACCGAGACGAAUUGUCAGGAGAUCGCCGAAGGCUUCGAGCCCCGUUGCGAGCGUACCUGUCACGCACUCCGCUCCUGCGGCAAACACGAAUGUUCCCAGAAGUGCUGUGCAGGCGCACCCAAGGCCGAGAAGCGUAUCGCAGCCCGUAAAGGCAUGGGUCGCGCUGCCGCACGUCUGGCUCGUGAUUACGAGGAUGUCGAGGCCGAACAUGUUUGUACACUGACGUGUGGUAAGCAGCUCCAGUGUGGAAACCACACGUGCCAGUUGUUGUGUCAUCCUUCGUAUUGUCCUUCGUGUCUUGAGGCAAGUUUCGAGGAGUUAGUGUGUCAUUGUGGACGGACGAGAAUUAUGCCGCCAUUGCCUUGUGGAUACAAGUUACCACCGUGUCCGCAUCCGUGUAAGAGACGGAAGGCGUGUGGGCAUCCAUCCGUUCCGCAUAAUUGUCAUCCUGAUGAGGAGAAGUGUCCUAGGUGUCCAUACCUGACUGAGAAGCGAUGUCUCUGCCAGAAGAAGAUGGUGAAGAACGUACCUUGCUGGAAGGAGGAAGCAAGUUGUGGUGAGAUUUGUGGUAAGCUCCUGAAGUGUGGUGGUCACCGGUGCAGAAAGCUUUGUCAUGCUGGUGAGUGCGAGACGGAGUGCACGCAGGUUUGUGGAAAGCCCAGGAAGACUUGUGGGCACCCGUGUGGCGAGCAGUGUCAUAGUCCGUUUGCAUGCCCGGAGGAUGAGAAGCAUAGAUGUAAGGCGAGGGUUGUUACUACGUGUGCUUGUGGUACUGUGAGACAGGAGGUUGUCUGUGGGGCCAGUACUAAGACGGAGACGACCGGCAAGAAGGAGCUGCCGUGUACCGAAAAAUGCGACAAACUGCAACGCAAUAAGCGAAUGGCCGAAGCGCUCGGUGUUGACGGCGACAAGACUUCUGAAGUCGCGCUUUCCGUUUACACGGAUGACAUCCUGGAAUACUAUAGGACCAACAAGCUGUGGGCGACUUCCAUCGAGAAUUCUCUCAAGACAUUCGUGGCUGGAGACAAAAAGAUGUUAUCCUUCAAGCCAAUGAAGCGUGCUCAGCGAGGCUUUGUACAUGCCAUGGCCGAAGCGUAUGGAAUGACUUCACAAAGUCAGGAUCCAGAUCCAUUCCGCAACGUUGUCGUUACGAGGACGUCCAACACCAUCGUUCCUCUGACCACUCUUGCUCAGGCUGCGACAUCUCGUACGAACUCUGGUGCGGCGACGCCUUCUGGCUUGCAGCAGAUGCAGACGAAGACGACAUCGAAGGCUUACAAUGCCUUCUAUCUGGAAGCUGUCCGCAUUGGUACAGAACAGGCAGAGCUUGCGAGGGUUCUUGAACCCGCUUUGGGACCGAGCCCACUGAAGUUCUCGAUCAAGUGGGUGACUGAUGAGGAUGUGCUGCUCGAGCCUCUCCCCUCUUCGCUGUCGGUGAUCGAGGUGGAGGUUGCUCUCGCGUCUAUCAAACCGUCACUGAAGCGAGUCGUUGCUUCUACUGGUAUUGCGAUGUUUGCUGAACUUUGUUGGAUUGGCAGGGAUGGUAAGGUGUCCUACCGCGAGUCCACCAAGGUUGCUGGCGCUUCGGGAGCGGGUGCCUGGGGGAAGAAGCUUACUCCUGCGACGACAUCCAUAGCAAAUGCCUUCAGUAUGCUGAACCUGGCCGGUCCGCCUGAGCAAAGAGCUUCUGCUAGUUCAUGGAGGAAGCCCGUGGAGGUACCCGAAGUGAAGCCUGUUGCGAACGAGCCAGUUCUAGAUGAUUGGCAAGCGAUGAUUGACCCUGAGGAACUAAUCAGCCCAGAAGAGGAGCGUGAGUUUUUGGAUAGAUUAGAUUAAUUAGCAUAGGUUACACCUCUGGGUGGCAAUAAAGUCAAGAAUCACUGGAUGAUCUGACAUAGUCUGGUUCUUUAGCAAAAGUCCAAGAUG